UGUCAGAUGGAUAAGCACCACAUCACCACCCAUCCCGCAGGCCACAGUGGGUUCAGAGGGCGGCCAUGUAGUCAUCAUCUACAAUGGCUGGGCUAUAACUUUUUCAGCAUGGGUGGGUCCAUUAAGCAUGGAAGUGCCUACAAGUGUGCAAAUGAAGUAA